AGUGAAGAUGCAGCAGUUGGAAGGACUUGGAAGGAAUUGGAAGGCAUCUGCAGCCCAUCACCAACACGCUUCACACUCCCAGCCCCACCAGGGCAGCAGCAUAAUGGUGGGGAAAAACAAUGAGUUCCAGAUUGUAAAGGCGAUGCUAAUUCAGCAUUCAUCAAGGCAACGGGAAAUUGUCUCCAUUCAAGGUAUGGGAGGCAUCGGCAAGACAACCUUAGCUAGACGACUUUAUGAAGAUCCAUCAGUUGCCUACCGCUUUGACAUCCGAGCUUGGGUUGUUGCCUCACAAUAUCAUAAUAAGUUGCAAAUGCUCACAGAUCUUCUUAAAUCAUUGGGUUGUGUAGGUAAUGGCACUCAAGAGUAUCAGCUAGCACAACAACAAGUGUACCAAAAGCUGAUGCAGCAAAGGUACUUUGUUGUGAUAGAUAACAUUUGGAGUGUCGAAGCCUGGGAUUCCGUCAAAGCUUGCUUUUCAGAUAAUGGAAAUGGCAGUCGAGUUUUGUUGACUACUCGCUCUGCUGAUGUGGCUACUAUUAUAGGCUCUAACAAUGACUUUUCGCAUCAAAUGCAAUUGUUAGAAGAAGAUGAGAGUUGGAAUCUAUUUCGUGAAAAGACAAGCAAAUUUAUGGGUUUUGAAUUCAAUAUGAUUGGGAGACAGAUUGUUGAGAAAUGCAAAGGAUUGCCUUUGGCAAUUGUUGUUGCUGCAGGUCUAUUUUCCAAACUUCAUACGCUAGAUGAGUGGAAGAAUGUUGCAGAAGUUUUAAAUUCAUCUGCAUCAACAACAACAAUUGAUGAAGAAUGUUCAAGGAUACUUUCAUCCAGUUACAAUCACUUGCCUCACAAUUUGAAAGCUUGUUUUUUAUAUUUGAGCGUAUUUCCAGAAGAUGAAGAGAUUCAUGUUAAAGAAAUUGUAAAGUUAUGGGUUGCCGAAGGACUCGUAAAGGCAUCUGAGGAUAUGAGCUUUGAUGUGGUGGCUAAGAGGUACAUUCAAGAACUCAAGGAUAGGAACCUAAUUCUAAGUCUGUUUCUUCUUUGUUAUGGGCGUCCGGUUCUGAUUCCAAACAACAACUGCAUUGAUAAUUUGAGAAAUCUUAUGAAGUUGAGCUUUUGUUGUGUGAGCUUUGAGGGGAAGACAAUUAAUAAUUUUAGCAAAUUGCCUAAACUUGAGGUGCUACGGCUAAUGGAAUGCAAGUGGAUUGGUGGAGAGUGGGAACUACUCGAAACAGAGAGUUUUGACCAGUUAAUUUAUUUGAAAAUUAGUGUGAGUAAUCUUGAGCGUUGGGAAGCAAGUGCUUGUCAUUUUCCGAAUCUUGAGCGUCUAGUCCUUGAUUGGUGCGAAGAAUUGGAAACGAUUCCCGCUGAAUUUGCAGAAAUUCCAAACUUGAAGUCAAUUGAAUUGUAUGGAUGUCUUCAUUCUGCGGUGGAAUCUGCCAAGGAAAUUCAAAGAGAGCAACAUGAGCAAGGAAAUGAUAAUAUGGUUGUCAUUGAGGAAGACACAAAAGAGAUUUGCUUUUCCUGA